AGUUAUGGCACACAACCAUCAGUUGAGGAUGGAGAAGCGGAUGGCAGGAGUGGCGGAUCAGUGUCUCCAGUGACUGCGUCGUUGAGUAUGGAUACGGCCGCCGGACCAGUGUACGGUGACCAACAAGUGCAACAAAGCACUGAGCCUUCCGCUGAAAAUGACGACGUGCGGUCCACUGGAACCGGAACCACCGGCGCGGAGGAAAGCCUCAGCCUCGAGGCGGGGGACGGAAAUUCCGAGAGAACAAUGAGCUCAGACAGCAGCCUCACUCCUUCAAAGAGUGACGCCGAACCGAGAUCCGCGGAGGACACCGACAACAUCUCUUGGACUGAGAGGGCUGAAUUUUCUGUUGAGGACAGCAAGGAGGUGCCACAGACGGUCGACACCGCACCGGGCAACACAAGCACCACGCCUGGGGAAACCAAGAUCCCGUCGGAGUCCAACGCAACAACCCCCUCGGACACUGACAUUUUGCUUGAGAAGGGGCAUUUGGGCGAGUUGUCGGGCAUGGCUCUAUUUGGUGACAGCACCGUGCAUGGGUAUGUGUCUCGGGUGUUGUUGCUGCUGCUUCUGGGGCUGUGGGGCAUUGCGGCUCUCUGUUGA